UGAAUUGUUCUGAUGCAGUUCUGAACUGAUGAAGUGUGUUGAAGUAUUUGAAGGGUUCAGAUUUGAUUGAAUUGCAAUCCGGCAUGGUGGUGAUCUGAACUGAAGAAAGUCUUGUUUAACCAGGGAUGUUAGGAUGUCAAUUAAGAAGAGAGUUUGGUUUAACCGGGGAUGUUAGGACGUAAGUUAGAAAGAGAGUUUUGUUUAACGGGGAUGUUAGGAGGUCAGUUAAGAAGAGAGUUUGGUUUAACAGGGGAUGUCAGGAUGUUUGUGAAUUGUAACGGAGAAGUUUCCCAUUCUGUUAAAUGUAACAACUUCCGUUUUGUACAUAAGGAAGUCAUUAACAAUUGUACUCCAUUCAUUCCUUUUCCUAUACAAGCAGAUCAAAAUAUCUUGCACUGUAAACUUUAUCUCUCGAUCUCAGCCCUUCUCAUUUUCUUGAUUUUCUUUAACUGAAACCCUAACCAGCAAUCAAGGAUGGGGGCAGGGAGGAAAGCACAAACUAUCAUUCUCAAUGGAAAUUCACCUCCUACAAAUCCAACUUAUACUCAUGCAUCUGCUAGAAAUCUGGGAAAGCACCAGCUUGGUGGUGUUAUAUUUGGUUGCAAGAAUAACACCAUCAGAGAAUGUUUAACUAAUCAACUGUUUGGCCUACCAGCUCAACACUUUACCUAUGUAAAGAACAUUGAUAUUGGCCUACCACUUUUUCUAUUCAACUACAGUGAUAGAAAACUUUAUGGCAUCUAUGAAGCUGCCAGCCCUGGAAAAAUGAACAUUGAUCCGUAUGGAUGGACCACUGAUGGUUCUGAGAGAACCUUCUAUCCUGCACAGGUGCAAAUUUGUGUCAAAUUGCAAUGCCAACCUCUGCUUGAAGAACAGUUUAAACCAGUAAUUGAGGAUAAUUACUACACUAAUCAUCAAUUUUGGUUUGAGCUUGACCAUUCUCAGGCAAGCAAGUUGAUAUCACUAGCAUCUUUAUCAGUUUCAACAAGGACUUUUCUACCUUGUCUUCCUUUCAUUACAACAAAGCGGGGAAAAUUUUUCCAACCUCUUUCGUCACCUGAGACAGAAGAGGAAAGCAAGGGUUUUGGGCUUUUUGCUACACAGCCUAAUCCUGAUGUUACUAAGUGCUUAGGCUGCGUUGCAGAUUCUAAAGUUGCUACUUCUGUCAGUGAAACGGAAGGGGAGUGUGAAUUGCUUCAGUCAUGUCCUUCGGAGGUUGAUCAGUCAAAUAAUUACUUGAGUAGGAAAAUGGAUUCUGGAGAUGAUUCUCCAAUAAAUGGAGACAACCAGCUUUUGGAAGCUCAUCUAGAUGUGAAGAUGGUGGAACAAAAAGAGAAAGAUAUUAUACUCAUGAAACUGAAACAAUUGGCUUUUAACCGUGGACGUCGAGACAUUCCUUCAACUGAUUAUGUAUACGAACCAGCUGUUACAAGUGAUAUGUGCCCAGGAAACGGGGGUUCUGUUCAUGAGAAGAUAAGUUCUGAUGAGAAGAAUGAAGAGAAUCAUUGUUCCUCUUCUUAUUGUAAGUCCAUCAUAACUAAGUUGAUUCAAGAAGUGGAAGAGCUUAAAGCAUUUAAAACAGAACAAACUCUGAAGAUGAAAUAUUUGGAGCAGAAGCUGGUUGAUGCUGAAACUGAAAUCCAGAAGUUGAAAAAUCAUUGUACGAUGGUGAACUCUGUGUCUAAUGCUCCCAUCAAACUAAGUGAUGAAAAUGCCAUAGAGUCCUUAGAUGAGCUGCAUGUUGUUCCUACUAUGUCAAUAUAUAUAUUGGGUGGAUAUGAUGGGGAAUCAUGGUUAUCGACAUUAGAUUUAUAUGCUCCCUCUCGAGGUGUGAUGAAGUCUUUUCAGCCAAUGAACUCUGUUCGUUCAUUUGCUGCGGUUGCAUCACUCUAUGGUGAGGUUUAUGUCUUUGGUGGUGGGGAUGGACGCAUGUGGUACAAUACAGUUGAAUCAUACAGCCCAGGUAAUGAUGAAUGGACCCUGUGCCCUUCCUUGAAUCAGGCAAAGGGUGGGUUAGGUGGAGUUACUUCUGAUAACAAAAUAUAUGCAAUUGGUGGUGGGAAUGGUGUUGAUUGCUUUUCAGAUGUUGAAAUGUUUGAUUUGAGGCUUGAACGAUGGAUCACUAUGCUGUCACUACGACAAAAGAGAUUUUCUCUUGCUGCUGCAGAAAUUGAUGGUGUGCUUUAUGCUACUGGUGGAUUUGAUGGGGUAGAUUAUCUGAAUUCUGCAGAAAAAUUUGACCCCAGAAUGCGGUAUUGGGAACAUAUUUCAAGCAUGAACUCAAAGAGGGCCUGCCACUCACUGGUUGUUUUGAAUGGAAAAUUGUAUGCUCUGGGUGGUUAUAAUGGCAAUGCAAUGGUUUCAAGCGUCGAGAUUUAUGAUUCACGAAUGGAUUCAUGGAUGACUGUGGACCCAAUGAAGCAGGCAAGAGGAUAUUCUGCGGCGGUUGUUCAGAAUGAGUCUAUAUACGUCUUUGCAGGAGUGGAAUCGGGUGACAGAAUGUUGAACACGGUUGAAUGUUUUAAAGAGGGUCGAGGUUGGGAAAUAAUUGAUGUGAUUGGGAAUAGGAGUUUCAUGUCAGCUUUUGCCUUGUAGUCAGUCACACAGAACUUUAAACAUAUAUAUUAAGAGAUUAUUGGAUGGUGUGAGACUGGGCCAAAGGUUUGGAAGAAAGGAUUUCAAUGUAAAUCUAUUUAAUGUAUGAAUCUUGCAGUUGGAAAUGAUUUUUUUGGGGUUUGAGAAAAAGUAUUUGAGUAGUUAUUAGGUAA